AUGGCGUGUCAAAUCCAGUUUCCACGCUCAAUAAGCACCGUUCGAGUGCGGUUGAUUGAUACCACGGGCGUUAUGGUGUCUCGUUCAAAGCCAUUAAUUCAGCCAGAAGAACCGAUGCUUGAAUACCUCAACAUAUAUGUGGCCGCAUUCCUUGUUGAGCAUAAGCCGUCCGGAAAGAAAAUUAUGUUUGACCUGGGCAUUCGGAAAGACUAUUGGAACUAUCCUGCCAUUCUCCAGAAACGCCUAUCUGAAGUUAUCCCUGCCCUGCGCGUUGAGAAAGAUGUCACCGAGAUUCUGAAAGAAAAUGGAAUCCAGCUGGACGAAAUAUCCACUGUUGUUUGGUCCCAUUACCAUUGGGACCAUAUAGGAAAUACAGCCGCAUUUCCGAGCACUACUGAGCUGGUGGUAGGACCUGGAUUCAAGUUGGCACCAAACAUUCUUCCCGGGUAUCCCCUUGAUCCUCACUCUCCAGUUGAGGCCCAGAUAUUUGCCAAUCGCACUCUGAGGGAAGUUGACUUCGCUUCAACGGACCUUCACAUUGGGGAUUAUCCUGCCCACGACUUUUUCGGGGAUGGUUCUUUUUAUCUCCUGGACACACCAGGGCACUGCAUAGGCCACAUCUGUGGGCUAGCUCGUACAACCGCCGACCCUGAGAGCAGUUUUCUUCUACUAGGCGGCGAUAUAUGCCAUUUUCCCGGGGUCUUCCGCCCCAGUCAACAGAUGCCACUGCCGGAUCCGAUUCCUAGAGGUGUUUUAGACCCAGCCAAGAACUUCCCCCUUUUAUGUCCUUGUACCCUCUUCACAGACAAUCAUCCUCGACGUUUCAUGGCUAGUUUUGGGGAUGAGAGAAGGACACCAUUUUUCCUUAUACCCACCGACGCCAACAGCUCCGCAUAUAUUGACCCAAAAACGGCACAAGGGUCUGUAGAGAGCUUAAUCGCUUUCGAUUCUCAUCCAGACGUUAUGGUGUGCUUGGCACAUGAUGAAGACUUGGUCAAGAAGCUUCCGACCCUGAACAACAGUCCAGAUAAUGAUCUGAACUCUUGGAAGCAGCGGGGACUUAAAGACAAAAUCACAUGGACCUGGUUGAACCAUUUACCUCAUAAUGGACAGGCUGGAGAAAAUUUUGCAGUCGAAGGAUUUUGGAGAGAUGGCCAACACUGGCCAUCAGCAAAGGAUGAACUUGGGGUCAAGGGACGGGAAGCAUUAGGAGCAUGA